GACAAUUACAUGGUUGGUAGUCUUCAGCACCAUUUUCCCUUCUUCUUGUGUAAAUUUCAUGAAGAUGAAGAAGAAAAGAUAACUUUUAUUCUGUAGAAUCUUGGCCUAUUUGAUCACGAUUCAAAAGCUUAAAACUUCAAUUCACAAAAAAAAAAAAAACCAACUGGGGUUUUGGGUUUUUUGAUAAUUGUACCAGUAAAUGGGUCUUUCUGCUACUGGAAUCUGUAUGCCUCAACAAUCAAAGAAAAGAGUGUUUCAAGGGAGCUCAGAAUUCAAAGCAGAGGUUUCUAAUAAGAUGCUUAAAUUAAAGGAAUCCAUAAAGGAUGUGAUUGAACUAGAUUCAGAAGGCAGCAUUUCCGGUUCAUAUAAUGGCAAAGAGUAUAUGGAAUCAUCUUCUAAUGAUGAUGACUAUGUUUCUGAGGAUGAUGAGUAUGCAGUUUUUCCAUCUCGUUAUGAUAGCAUAGAUCUUUCUAUUAGAAAUGAAUCAUCCGUUUUACCAUUUCUGGAUUCUAUCAAGACUAAAAACGAUACGACUUCAGUUCCUAGUUUGCCAGUUAUGGGGAGAGUAGGUCGCAAGCACAAACAAAUAAAAUCAUCAGGUGGUUCAUGUAGCUCCACGUGUCCUCCUCUGCAGUUACAAAAGGAUGCAAUGAAGGUUCGAUCUUUUAAGAGACUAAUUCGGCUUCACAAAGUGUCUACUAGUUUUAAUAUGCAAGUUGGUACUGGUACUUCUUAUUUUCCCGACCUCCAAGAUGUGAUGAAUCACGAAGAAAUCAGUCCUAUGGAAGAUGUGAAAUUGGACCAAGAUUCUGAAAACAUCCAAAAGAGCUUGAAUGUAGCCGGAAGCUCCACUACCAUAGGACUUGACUACAAUGAUGAUGUAACAAGGAAGUUUCGCAAGUUCAAGAAGUUUGAUCUUGUCGAAGAUUUUUCAGAUCAUCACUAUUCAUCGUUAAAUUUAGGAAUAAUGCAGCCAUCAGGAAGGUGGACUAAAAAGAUUCAAGAAGAAUGGAGGAUUCUCAAGAAGGACUUGCCUGAUAUGAUAUAUGUCAGGGUUUAUGAAUCGAGAAUGGAUCUCUUAAGAGCUGGGAUAAUAGGAGCAGAAGGGACUCCUUAUCAUGACGGUCUUUUUUUCUUUGAUGUCUAUUUCCCAAUAAGCUAUCCUCAUGAUCCGCCUAAAGUGUACUAUCACUCUGGCGGGUUACGUAUUAAUCCUAAUCUUUAUAAUGAUGGGAAAGUUUGCCUAAGCCUUCUAAACACUUGGACCGGUGCUAAGGAUGAGAAAUGGACACCUGGCGUUUCAACUAUGCUCCAAGUUUUGGUCUCUAUACAGGGUAUGAUUUUGAACGCAAAGCCUUAUUUUAAUGAACCUGGGCUUGCUGAUUAUGAAGGCUCUGACUAUGGAGAAAGUAGAUCGAUGCAAUACAAUGAGCGUACUCUAAUAUACUCGCUCAAAACUAUGGUUUACUCAAUGAAGAAUCCACCCAAGCACUUUGAAGAUCUUGUGAUCGGACAUUUUCGUGAUCGUGCACGUAGUAUUCUAACAACAUGUAGAGCAUACAUGAAAGGCGUUGGAGUUGGGUGUGCCGUAAAUGGGGGUAAGGAAACGGGUUCAGUGCGAUUCAAGAACGAUGUGGAACGGUACAUGAAGACGCUUGUAGGAGCAUUUAAAGAAAUAGGAGGCGAGGAUUUGGAGGAAUUCAUGCCCCCAACUAAGAAUUUAACUCAGAAAAUAAGGGCCUUUUUCGGCAUCUAACAGAGAUGCUGCAGCCGUUUCUGUAUAAAUAUGUGUAUAGUUAUUCCCUUGAAGUUUCUAUGUUAUGGUUCAUCUUUAAAAAGUAUAUCUUGUAUGUUUAUAGGUUUGGGUCAUUUUGGAAUUGAAGUGUCGUCUCAAAAAAUGCUUGGAAAUUAAGUUCCUUUGGAAACCCUUGAUGGAUGCUAUUUCUUACA